GCUCCUCCCUCAUACUAGCCAUCUGAAUUAGGUCUAGUCGCCUCUCUGUACUCAGCAGUAUAUUUACAGUGCUGCCUGCCUUUCACUGGAGACCAAACGCCGGAGUACUCGCAACCAAGCAAACAGACAUGGCAGAAAACGCCGACUUGGAUAACCACCGUAUCAAGAGCUUCAAAAACAAGGGACGCGAUGUCGAGACUAUGAGAAGACAUCGAAAUGACGUGACAGUGGAACUGAGAAAGAACAAACGAGACAAACAUCUACUGAAGAAGAGAAACGUCCCACAGGAGGACAGUCUUGAGGACUCCGACAUAGACUCCGACUUCAAAGGGCAAAACAUCACUCUAGAAGUCAUGUUACAGAAUGCCACUAGUGAUAACGCCGUGGUCCAGCUCAGCGCCGUACAGGCUGCCAGAAAACUCCUCUCCAGUGACAGAAACCCUCCCAUUGAUGACCUGAUAAAGUCGGGCAUCCUGCCCAUCCUAGUCAAAUGUCUGGAGAGAGAUGACAAUCCGUCUCUCCAGUUCGAGGCAGCCUGGGCCCUGACCAACAUAGCGUCUGGUACUUCACAACAGACCCAGGCUGUGGUCAAAUCCAAUGCUGUUCCCCUGUUCCUGCGACUGCUCCACUCUCCCCAUCAGAAUGUGUGUGAACAGGCUGUUUGGGCACUAGGCAACAUCAUAGGCGACGGGCCACAGUGCAGGGAUUACGUCAUCUCCCUGGGCGUGGUCAAGCCCCUGCUGUCCUUCAUUAACCCCUCCAUCCCCAUUUCCUUCCUCCGCAACGUCACCUGGGUCAUCGUCAACCUCUGUCGCAACAAGGACCCUCCACCCCUCAUGGAGACUGUACAGGAGAUUCUUCCAGCUCUGUGUGUUCUUCUAUACCACACAGAUAUAAAUAUCCUGGUGGACACGGUGUGGGCUCUGUCCUAUCUGACGGAUGGUGGGAACGAGCAGAUUCAGAUGGUGAUAGACUCUGGCGUAGUCCCCUUCCUCGUUCCUCUGCUCAGCCACCAGGAGGUCAAAGUUCAGACUGCUACGCUGAGGGCAGUAGGCAACAUUGUGACGGGGACAGACGAGCAGACGCAGAUGGUUCUCAACUGUGACGUCCUCUCCCACUUCCCCAACCUGCUCACACACCCCAAAGAGAAGAUCAACAAGGAAGCAGUGUGGUUCCUGUCCAAUAUCACGGCUGGGAACCACCAGCAGGUUCAGGCUGUGAUCGACGCAGGACUCAUCCCCUUGAUUAUCCACCAACUGGCCAAGGGGGACUUUGGGACUCAGAAGGAGGCAGCAUGGACCAUCAGCAACCUCACCAUCAGUGGCCGGAAAGACCAGGUGGAGUACUUGGUGCAGCAGAAUGUAGUCCCUCCUUUCUGCAGCCUGCUUUCAGUGAAGGACUCCCAGGUGGUCCAGGUGCUCCUAGACGGCCUCAAGAACGUCCUCAUCAUGGCCGGGGACGAGGCCAGCACUGUCACAGAGAUCAUAGAGGAGUGUGGAGGUCUGGAGAAGAUUGAGAAUCUGCAGCAACAUGAGAAUGAGGACAUCUACAAACUAGCCUUCGAGAUUAUUGACCAGUACUUCUCAGGCGACGAUAUUGAUGAGGAUCCCAGUUUGAUUCCUGAAGCCACCCAAGGAGGGACCUUCAACUUUGACGCCGCCUCCAGCCUGCAGAAGGAGUUCAAGUUCUAGGAGCCAGUCCAUCCAGCUUCACUAGUACAGUCUAACCCACCCCAGACAUUCAUCCAUCUAUCUGGCAACCUAAUGCAGAAGGGUUGAACCCACCUACUACCAUCACUAUUACUCCAACAUGGCAACCCACCUUGCGAUUGAAGGAUUCACCCACCACCUCCACAAUACGCCACCUCUGCACUGAAGGGUUACUUAAAAUUACCACCUGCCACCACAACCUGGCAACCCAAUACAAACGGGUCCAGGUAAUUCAUCCAGCACCAGUACAAUCUGGCCACCUGUGUGGGGAGGAUCUCAGGCAAUCUUAGCAAAUGCUUUGAAAUGUCACGUGAAAAUCACAAAGGAAGAAAAAGCCUUUUGAGGCAAUAUUUUUGAAUUGCCAAAUGUCACAACUACACACAUGCACACACGCACAAAAACACACCGUUGAAGACACUUGGGAAUAAUUUCUGUACAUAUUUGUUUUAGAAAACCAUAUCACAGACUGGAAAAGGAUACUGCUGUUUAUUUUUGUGCUUCACCUCUGGAUUGUCCUCUGGUCGUGGACGCGCGCGCUCGCUCGCUCGCUCUCCCUUGAUGUCCGAGUGCCCCCAAUGAAAGAUGUUGACCCCAGAGCGAAACAAUGAACAGGCAUAGACCCUGUCCCCCUCCCCAAAGUCCUAGGACAGGAAGAGGUUUUUAGACUGACUGACAAGACAUUUUGACUCACUUUAUUUUUAUUUUUGCUUUUGAAUUCUCUUGAAUCAUGAGUUAUGGAUUUUUAUUUAUAAAAAAAUACAUGUAAUUAAAAACAUAUAUAUAAUGCCGCAAAACUGGUUCAUAUAAGUAUAUCAUUGUUUUGCAAUUUUGCUCUAAUUCAGGGGAGAGCAAAAAAAAAAAGCUUAAUUUUUUUUCAGAUCUGGUAACCUGAGGUUGGAGGAAAACCACAGAGAAUGGUAGAGGACUCUAGGGCCCAAAAGCUCAUUUUAACAUGGGCAACUCCAAUUAAGACUUUCACCAUUUUAAACCAAGAUGGUGGAUAAAUAAAGACGGGUCACUCAGGCCGUUUACCAUUGGAAAAAAUGUAAUGGGGUGGCUCUCCCAUAGACACCAAUGCAGUAGUAGCUGAGUCUGGUCUACUUAGUUCAUUGACUACCAUUGGAAAGAGAGAGAGAGUGGGAUGUCUCGCUUCUAGUCAACUGGGUGGGACUUAUUAUGGGUUAAGGAAGGCUCACAUAAUUCCAUACCUGUUCAAACAACACACUACAGGUGGCAAUAUGCACCCUUUUAGUUUCUUUACAAACUCAUAGAAGUAUUAGAAAAUGUACUACUUAAAAAUGGAGAUGGCCUCAAUGGCGCUGCCCAUUCUCUCAGAUGCCAUAAUGGGACCGGUACAAUGAUGCAAUGUCCAUGAGGAAAACACUGUAGCCUUGUUUCCCAGAGGACAUGAAAUCCUGCUGCAGAAGUGAUGUCACUUCCUGUGGAGAGCAGGUAGUGAUGUCAUAGGUCUCGCAGACAUUGCUUGCAUUAACUGAUGGUCGUGCGCCACGUCAUCGACUGAAAGAUUGCUGUAACAUAUGAGUUGGUUAGCUGAUAUGUAAAAUACCUCUCCAGACUGUAAGAUCUGGAAUGCAUCAGCAACACCUUGUCAGAAGAACACACCCACUGUUGAACUCCACCAGAAGAGUUGACUGUGAAAACUAAAACAAACCUAUAUUUUGCAACAAAAAAGAAAGUAUUACCCCAUUCUUAUAAAAAAAAAUGUGUAUUUUAUUUUAUGUUGAAAUAGAAAAUAUUGCAAGGUUUGUCUUUUUCUGGUCCAGGUAUAGAGAAUGACUGAGGCCUCUAUUGGCUAAAGGUCAUUUUAGAAUGAGCAGCGCCAUUGAGGGCUUCCACAAUUUGAAUGUAGUCGACUUCCAACUUCAUUGGCUAAGCCCUCCUGGUGACCCUUUUGGAGUAAUGUCCAACUAGGUCAUCAGGAGGGAUCAGCCAAUCUUGAGAAUCUAUAUUUCCAUAAAGCCUGUACAAAGCUGCUGCAGCUGAACAGUGAUUGUUGAAACGGACCCACUCUGCAGAAUGAUAACAUUGGCUACUUAUUGUCAAAGACGGACGGGGAGGUUGUUCCGUUGACGUUUUGGAAUUUUCAUUAUUGAUUUUCAUUUUUUUUAACAUUCAUAAUGUGUUGUGAUGACAUGCUGAUGAAUCUGAGAACAGUCAUGUCUGUCUGUGUCUUUGUACCAUCUAAGAGCCAGUCCCAGUUGGUUUCCAGGACCUAGGAAGUGUGAGGGCUAACGCUAACCCAAACCCCUGGUCCCUUGUCUGGACUUGUGUUCCUUUGUUAUGGCCCGUUCAAACAGCGCACAGCAAAAGCUGGGAAGGAUUUGUAAGGAGUGGGUUUGGAAUAGGGGGGUGUUCAAAGCAGCCCAGGCUUGUUUUGGAACUAAUUGUUUAUUAGUGAUUAACAAAACCCUAGAGGGUGUUGAACGAUCCCUAGACGGACCGAGCCACUUUAAACAAUUACAAUUUCUUUGUCUUGUAUCAGAAAAAUAUACAAGCUUAUGUUUGUUGCAAGAUUCUUACUUGCCAGAGAAAAGUUGUUUUUAAAGAACUUAAUAAAAUGUCAGUGUUUUGGCCUUAGUUUCAUUUAUACAUUUUAGAUUGAAUUCUUCUCUUUUAAGGUGGCUCGCUGAUGCUUUCAACUCUUGUGCACAUUAAAGACGUGAGUGAGUGGAAAUUCAUUGUGCCUUUUUUGUUUUUAAUUUCUAAUACCCUGUAAUGACCAAGACAUCUACACAUAAUACCCUGUAAUGACCAAGACAUCUACACAUAAUACCCUGUAAUGACCAAGACAUCUACACAUAAUACCCUGUAAUGACCAAGACAUCUACACAUAAUACCCUGUAAUCUUAAUUUAGAGAAAUAUUUACACCCCUAAGUUGAUAUGUUAGUCACCUUUGGCAGCGAUUACAGCUGUGAGUCUUUCUGGGUAAGUCUCUUGCGAUUUGCACACCUGGGAAGUGCAACAUUUGCUCAUUAUGCUUUUAAAAAUUCUUAAUUUUGUCAUUGUUUGUUGAUCAUUGCUAGACAGCCAUUUUCAAGUCUUGCCAUAGAUUUUCUAGCUGAUUUAAGUCAAAACUGUAAGUAGGCCACUCAGGAACAUUCAAUGUUGUCUUCGUAAGCUACUCCAGUGUAUAUUUGGCCUUGUGUUUUAGGCUAUUGUCCUGCUGAAAGGUGAAUUUAUCUCCGUGUCAGCUAUAAAGCAGACUGAACCAGGUUUUCCUCAAUGAUUUUUCCUGUGCUUACAGUAGGUCUAUUCUGUUUCUUUUUAUCCCUCCCCAAAAAGCUCCCUAGUCCUUAUUGAUGACAAGCAUACCCAUAACAUGAUGCAGCCACCACCAUGCUCAGUGAUAUUGGAUUUGCCCCAAACAUAACGCUUUUAUUCAGGACAAAGUGAAUUUCUUUGCCACAUUUUCACAGUUUUACUUUAGUGCCUUAUUGCAAACAGGAUGCAUGUUUUGGAAUAUUUUUAUUCUGUACAAGCUCUCUUCUUUUCACUGUCAAUUUGGUUUAGUAUUGUGGAGUAACUACAAUGUUGAUCCAUCCUCAGUUUUUUCCUAUCACAGCCAUUAAACUCUGUUUUAUAGUCACCAUUGGCCUCAUGGGGAAAUUCUUGAGCUGUUUCCUUCCUCUCCGGCAACGGAGUUAGGAAGGACGCCUGUAUCUUUAGUUGUGACUGAGUGCAUGGAUCCACCAUCCAAAGUGUAAUAACUUCACCAUGCUCAAAGGGAUAUUCAAUGUCUGCUUCUUUUUUUACCGAUCUUGAAAUAGGUGCCCUUUUUUGCGAGGCAUUGGAAAACCUCCCUGGUCUUUGUGGUUGAAUCUGUUUUGAAAUUCACUGCCAGACUGAGGGACCUCUGUAUGUCUGGGGUACAGAGAUUAGGUAGUCAUUCAAAAAUCAAGUUGAACACCAUUAUUGCACAGAGUGAGUCCAUGUGACUUGUUACUCCUGGACUUACUUAGGCUUGCCAUAACAAAGGGUUUGAAUACUUAUUGACUUGACAUUUCAGCUUUUAAGUUUUAAUGAAUUUGUAAGAAUGUUGAAACAAUUCCACUUUGACAUUUAUGGGGUAUUGUGUCUAGGCCAGUGUCACAAAAUCAACAUUUUAAUCUGUUUUAUAUUCAGGCUGUAACAACAAAAUGUGGAGAAUUCCAAGGGGUGUGAAUACUUUGAAGGCACUGUACAUUCACCUCACCACAAACAAACCCAUCAAUUCCACAUUCUGCUACUCAAUCAGGGGAUUAUGAUUAUGACAUCACUUCCUCUCAUCCUUAGGACAAGUUCUCUGUACUACUGAUCCUAACAAAUAAACGUGCUGUUAGCCAUUGGAUCCUCA